AUUACAAGUCGAUGCCGAGUUCAAUAAUGUUUUAUUUAUGAAUGAUUGAUUAUUUAAUGUUUCGAAUUUGAUUUCUUCCAUCAUAUUUACUUAUCAGCCAUGGAGGCUUCGCAGACAGAUUUACUGGCUGAGGUGGCGGCCUUGGAUUUAGAUCAGUGUAAGGAAAGGUUUCAAGAAACUUUACCGAAAGUAAUCGAAAAAUUGAAAAAUGGCAAAACUCUUGCAGACGAGAAAAUGACAGCCGUGCAAGUGUUAUGUAAUAAUUUAUUACCUUGUGUAGAAUUAGAAUCCGUUGAAAUGAACAUAUUCAGUAAAUUAUCUGGAGAAAUUAAAAACAUGUUUGAUGAAUUUUUGAAGUUGAUUACAGAUACAUUAGGCUCACAAAAAAAUAAACAAGAAACAGAAAACCAAAGUGAAAUAGUUGACACAAACAUUAGCAGUGCCCUUUAUGAGGAAAUAAAUGUGUCACUGAGAAAUAUCCUUUCUCUUUUAGAGAGUGCUGAAACCUGCGUAUUGUGUAUGCUCCGACACGAUGAAGCGAUCUGUAUCGGAGAUAUUGCGUCAUUGCCAGAAUUUGUCAUGCAUCUUGUUGAAGGGACAUACAGACAUUGUAAAGAGAGUAGUGAUGUGUACAAGGAUGAUUUAAAUUUAUUUUCUGAAACUUUGUCGGCCAUGUUUAAGAAAUCUCAUGCAAUACAAAUCAGUUUUUUAAGUUUGAUGGACAGACUACAGCUUCCCGAUACCAUGACGACUAACAACGUCAAGGUUCUAAAUUCAGUGUGUGACGGGUUGUUUAAAAUUUGUCAGACUGUCACAGCUCUAGAUGUCAAACUUAUUGUCAGUUUGUGGAAGUCAAUCUCGAGGCUUUUAGUCCAGUAUAUCCAGUUCCUAGCAGAAGUGGUGGAUGUAACGGCUAUGAUCAUAUACCUGUGUCAAGAGAUACGAACUGGUUACGAAUAUCUUAAGCAGCAAUUACCCGAUCUUGAACAACCAGACACAUCAUGGACUCAAGUUGACGAGAAAAGUUUCCAAAAAUCUGUGAAAAUUCUAGGAUUUGAAAUGAAAAUCAUCUUGAGUUUGUGCAAGGAAUAUUUAGAAUAUAUCGAUGAACAAAAAUGUGAUAAAGAAAUUUAUGAGUUAUUGAUUUUCAUUUAUAAAAAUUCUCCGACAUUUACACAGAAGAUGUUUCGAGUUGAACACAGAGAAGAAAUUGAUCGACAGAUUAUGACAGCUUGUGAACCACUUCUUUCAAGUUUUAUGGAUCGAUCUAUUUUUGGCAGGUGCUUGUUAGGACCGAUUAACAUUCUUCAGGAAGAUUGCUUAGCUCAUUUACAAAUGGUUAUUUGUGUCACCAAGUCGUUUACCAAACUUUCUGAAGAAUCACAAGAUUUUUGGAUGGGUAAAACGAAACCAUAUCAAGCUAACCAUGAUGAUGUUAUUGACACAGUUUUUCAAUUGGUUGAACGAUGUCACUUUGAACUCGCUGAUCCGCGAAUUCUGUUACCAGGAAUCAUGUGUUCUGGCACGGCUCAAAGAUCAGUUAGUCUGUAUGAAUACCUAGCCACGCAUAUAAAUGGUUUCAUCGGAAGUUUGUUGAACAAAUAUUUUCCAAUUCUAGAGAAGAGUUUGUUAAAGCCAAUUUUUUCGUCGAACACCUUCGUUCAGAUGUUAGCAAUCGAUUCUUGGUGUUUUAUGGAUAGAUAUGGCAGCUCAGUUUUAUGUCGCUCGCAUUUCAACUUUUUCCUGGAUGUUCUUAAAGACCAGUGUCAGUGUUAUCCAGUACUCUUACGUGAUCAACAGCUUUGUAAUCUGAUCGGACGUUUAUUCCGAUUUUUGGAGCCUGUUGACCAGAAUGAUCUUAUGUCAAAACAUUCCAUUCCCUUUGACUUUUUAUUUUGGUGCGUUUGUCCAAUAGUUGCAGAGCGGUUACAACCUCAAGAGAAGAUGAUAAUCAAUGAUGUCAUCACUUCCUGUGUAACACAGAUUAACAUGUGGUGCCAAUCACCCAAUCAAAACAAACAUUCUGUGAGCUUAAACGCGGUUAUUCUUGCUUGCGGUACUUUGAAUAACAUAUUGCAUCACAUCCCCUACACUGACGCAUCCAAAUUGAUGCCAACAAUUACAGAAAGUCUUGCCCUAAUAUGGAGUUUUCUGUUUGACAAUGAAUGGGAGUCUUCUUUACAGAUGGACAUGUUCCUGAUAGUUCUACUUCAGCUUCUGCCAAUUAUUCAUCUACAUCUGUCAAAUGCAAAAUUUACAGAAAUUUUCGUACUUUUGAAAGAACUUGUUGAAAAUAAUCCAUCAACGUGGCUAUUGGCUGAAUUAAUCAAAUUAGUUAGAAGUUUUUCUUUAGUGAGAUUCCCUUCCGAAGAAAUUCCUCUACUAUUAAAAGAUAUAUUAUUAGCCUUAUUGUCGAAUCAGAACGGUUUACUAAGUCACAUGGUAGUACAGGCAGUGACAAUGUUUGCAGAAAGCACGCCUCACGGUGAUAUAGUUCCGAAAUGUUUACAGACUGAUGGAAACAUCGAACCAAAACUUGUAAAGUACAUUAACAAAAUGCUAGUGAUGGAUAUUGAUUUAACAGAUUUUCUCAAAUCUCAAUCGUCUACUUGGAAAAGCGGAAAAGUUUUAUCAUGGAAUGACGAAAAGAAUGAACGAAACGCAAAAUUAAAAUCACUUGAAAAAAUCAUGUCUGUGAUUCCGCCUUCAAAUAAAAGAGCACGGCUUGAUGAGACAGAUGAAGAUCUGAAUUACGAGACUUUGUUAAAGAACCUUGAAUCUGAUUGGUCAGCUUUACAAAAACUAUCAAAAUCUAAUCCAGUUCCUGAUUGGUUUAAGAACUCAAGUCGUUUAAUUUUAGAAAAGUUUCAGGAGAUGUGUAAAAAUGUUGAAUAAGAAAUUCACAAAUCAGUCUUUGCUAGUGGUCACAUUAAAUGGCAAUUUCACCAUUUAAAUAUCCAAGCGAUUAAAUUUGAUUUCAUGCGCAUACAGUGUACAUGUAUGGUAAUUCUUUUUGGUGCAUUUUCAGAUUGAUAGAAAUUGUGAAUCUUUCAAAUAAAUAUAUUUUCCAGUGUUUGUAUAUUUUUGAAUAUUGAAUGAAGAAAAAUUUGUAUUAAUUUUAUGUACAAUAAGAAAUAUCAAAUCAAACUAAACAAAAACAAGGGUUUUAUUUUCGUACCCAAAUCCAAGAAGUCUAGUUAUUUUAAUAUGGAGUAUUUAUAUUAUACUAAUUGUAUAUUAUUAGGCCACACCAAUAUAAUUUUCAGUUAUUCAGGGUGUGAAUAGCUACUUGAAUCACAUGGAAGAUGUUUUGUUUAAAAUUUCAUUACUUUGGAACUAAAAGCUAUUGAACAGUAUAACCAAGUACUUUUCCUGAAGAAGCCAAAAUUUUAACAGGUGUUUUCAAAGAACAGAAAAUAAAAUUGCUGUGGCUUUUGUUUAAACAUGUAUUUCUUAUCAUGUAUUUGGGUCUUUACAAAUGGUAUAAUAGGUUUCAAUCACCACAUUAUGUGUGUAACCUUUAUAUAUUUGUAUACAUUGUUGUAAUUUAUAAUAUCACGUUGCUACUAUUCUAUUUGCCUUUUUGUCUUGCUAACCCAUAUUUUGUUGAGCUGAUUAUAAAGAGAGUGAAGG